AUGCGUUAUCAAAGUGUAUGGUUCCGUGUGCGGUGGAAGGGCUACGAUCCGUCCCAUGAUCAGUGGGUCAAGCAUUCUGAUCUCUUCGCUGACGACGCGGUGGCAGCAUUUUACCGCAAGUACCCUGGGAAAUCGCGUGUCAUUGCAGCAGCUAUAUUUGACUUGCUGCCCUUUCAGGACUCGUCGACCCCUAACCGUGCCUUGCGUCGAGGCACCGCAAUCAAGAGGGGGGGUGAUGUCAGGGGAACCCCUGCUUUCGUCCGAUCAACAUGGGAUCUGGCAUGUGACCGUGCACGUGCCAUCUGUCAAGCAUCACGUGCUUCGGUCCGGGCUUCCCUGCCAAGCACGUCCACAUGA